AUGAGGGAGCAUCCCAAGUGCAGGCAUAUCUUUGCCGACGUACAAGUCUUCAAAGAUCUUUCAGGAUGGUGCUACCAUUGCAAUAUGGCACACAACAUAUCCUCGGAGGAGUUCAAAUUGGACUUGUUCAUGUGCGGGCCAUCGUGUAAAGAUUUAUCGAGGCUGAACAAUUCCCGCAUUCAUGCAGUUGGAUGCUAUGGCAAAGACGAGAACGACCAAGUUGGAACGUCUGGCCCAACUUACCACUUCGGCUUCAAGAGAGAUUGGACAAGGCUCGACAGCCAGCACUUUUUGACUCCUCAGCGAAGGAACAGAAUUUGGGGCAUUGCAACAUUGGUCACUGGGCACCAGGGCGCAUCAGAAGCUGUGAGCGCUGACUUUGCUGACUGCUUGAAAUCCAUGCAGUCACACAGCCUUUUCCCACGAGAUGAUGUCUUCAUGGAUUUGCCAGCUGCUCCAGUGAAGCAAGGUCGCCACGAGGAGAUACUCGAAAAAGUGAAAAUGAUGAAUCCAGGAAAGACUGACAUGUAUGUGGAUUUGAGCACUUCCAUUGAUGGCGGGAGAUUGAUGGCGGGAGACGGUGUUUGCCCAUGCAUUUCCACAAACCAUCCAGUAUUUUCCACGCGGAUGGACAGAUAUUUGACAACGGGUGACUUCCUCAACUUGCAAGGCUUCUUUCAAUCAGCCAUAUCGGAAUCCACACGUUGUGAACUCCUUGCCAACCCUGGUUUCGCUUUGGACCUCCUGGGAAACUCCUUUACCAGCACUGUUUGUCAGGCGGUUCUGCUGAGCGCCUUUGCAGUCACACCAGCAACUUGGGAAACUGUCAUCAACCGGCCCAGGCAGGCUUCCAAGUCCAAUUCCACUGAUUUGAUCAUCCGCUGGCGUUUGCGUGGCAAGCGUAAGGAUGGCGCUUCUUCCACCCUGCCCGUGGGCUUUGAGAAUGUGAUUGCUGAUUAUGCGGCUGAGCGCAUUUCCCUGGGAGAAGAGGUGACCAAUCGAUUUAUCAAGAACACCUUGGCCAUUGGGAUCGACCAGUGGAAUCACGCUGUUUCCAUGGUGCAUGAGAAGGACCCCAAGGAACUUCUUGCUCUCUUGGAGAGUGCUACAGACGAGAAAGAGCUGGAGGACCAAGUGGAAUCUUUGCAGCGCAAACUCAAUGUUCAACUGCCAGGUGAUUGCCUUUCAGAAUCACAACGUGCUCAGGCCAACCAGGACCGCCAAUCUUCUUUGCUGGGGCUCUCAUCGUAG